AUGUCAAGAAGUAACGAACAUUACGACUAUUUGUUUAAAUACAUAAUAGUAGGAGAUGUGGGUAAGUACUUAAUAUAAGAACAACAGCCUUAUGAUAUGUAAUAUGCGUAAUAUGUUAUACAGACUGUAACGCGAAGAUCAGAAAACCGGAAUAACUUUUGUUCUGUUCAAUAUUUUUAAGUCUUUUUUUUUUCUCGCAAUAAUUAUUAGAGCUUACACUUAUUUGAUUCUGUAUUCUGCUUUACGUACAUAUUUUUUAAACUAGUAUAUUUUGAAACGAAAUGUUUUCUAGUGAUCAAUCACCUACCUAUAAUAUUAUCUAAAUUUGUUUGAAGUGCACAAUAAUUUAAAUUGUUCAUUAUUGUUACGACUACAUAUUAAUAUUUAUACAUCAAUUUUCAUAUAAAGAAUAAUUUCAUUUAUGAUUUUUGUAAACUUUAACAAAUUGCAGACAAUCAACGAUUCAUCACUAGUUUUUAUAAUUUAUAUCACCAACAUUUUGUUUUAAAAUUUAUUUUUAUAAAUUGACUAUCUUUGAUUUUGUAAAUCAUUUUUUUUUUUUUUGAGUUCUAAAACGAAUAUUGAUAAAAUAAAAUAACCAUAGCACAGGGUUCUAGAAAUUAUUACAAGAAAAAUAAACUUAAACAUAUUGAACAGAAUAAAAGUAUAAAUAUAAAUAUUUCAUGUGUUAGAUCUUUGUGUUACACUCUGUAUAUACAUAUUACAUACUCCAAACUUGUAGGUGUUAAUGCAAUUAAAUUAUUUAUACUAUGCUGAAUGCAGUGGCGUAUUAAAGAGGAGACAGAUUUCCCUCUUGACCUUUUUUUUAGUACAAUAUAUUAUUUGUAAAACUAUCUACCUAUAUUUAAAAUAUAAAUUUCUUUACGUUUUAGAUGAAAAAAAUCAGAAAUUUAAUUUACCCUCUAUCCAAACUUAAAAUUAGAAAAUCUAGUUAAGAGAUAAAUGAAAAUCAAAAAUAUCAACACCAAGAUUUAUUUAAACUAACAGUUUAUCUAAUACUGGACCACAUUAAUAGGAUCAAUCUCUUUAUAUCUUUUAUUAUAGCUAUUUGAAAAUUAAAAUAGACAGGCAUUCGUUUUACCCCCAAAAGGAGACAAAAAUAAAGGUACGGUAACAUUUAAGAGCUGCGUGUUUCUUAAAUUAUCGUCAAUAAACAAAAUAUAUCUUCAAAAAAGACGCAAUCGCAAUGAACAUAUCUUCGUGAACACCUUGUAUUAAAUAUCAAAUGUGUUUAACCUAUUCACCUACGUCUGAAUAGUAUGACACAAUAUCCGAAUUCAAUACGUCUUUUAGACAAAAUCCUAUACCACUGGCUGAAUGUAACCUCAAGAAUAAAGGAAUUUAUACUAUCACGUUUUUUUUACUAUAUAAUUGUUUAUGAAUUUCAGGUGUGGGAAAAACGUGCAUUACCAGACAGUUCUUAUACCACGAGUUUGAUACAAAGGAGACGUCCACCAUUGGUUAGACUAUAAAUUUAAAUUUAUUAUUAAAUAUACGAAUAGACUAGUACAUUAUUUUAUACUGAAUAUGUUUUAUAUGUAAGAUAAUAACUAUUUUCUGGUAAGAGUGCCAAGGUAUUUUCAGAGCACUGCCUCCUAUAUCAAUAGGUAAUUACAAUUUUGACUUAAAAAUAAGUGUUAUGUUUGUAUUAUUUUGUGAACUUAGUUGGUACCUAUAUUUUUCCAUUAUUGCAGUAUACAGCAGUUUCCAUUUAAAUACUAAAAAAAAAAAAAAAAUAAAUUAUAUUACUGAUACUUUUGAUGGUUGGGGUUCUAAUUUAGGAGAAAAAUUGGAAGGAAGGGUAUACAAAGUAAUUUAAUUUAUAUCUACACGCGACGAUGAACCAUUGCUUAUGAAACGUUAUUCUGAACAGAGUAUUAUCAAUCGUAUCUUUUUUCUUUGUUGAUAAUAUAUAACAUAGAAAUCAACAAAAAUUAUACAACGGAUUGCCAGUUUUUCCCAUUUAUCGAAGAAAUUAGAAGCAAAUUCAAAAACUGACUUUCUAAAUACACCAACUAAAUCAAAAAUGAUUUAAAAAGUUCCUUUACAUUUUUUGAUUGGAGUAAGAUUUCUGGUAGAAAAGUUGAAAAAAAAAAUAUUAAUAAUAAUAAUAAUAAUACAAUAUAGUAAAACCAAGUGUUCUUAGCUUUGUCCAGAAUUUAAAAUUUAUAAAACUACAAUAUACAUAUAACAUUCGUUGAAAUGUUUGUUUUUAUUAUAUAAACGCUGAAUUACAAUGAUCGAAUUUCUUUAGGGGUCGAUUACGGACACAAAACUUUGUCAAUUGAAGGAAAAAAAAUCAAAAUAGCCGUAUGGGACACUGCCGGACAAGAAGCGUUCAAGUCCAUAGCCAGAUCAUAUUAUUCAGGAGCCGCCGCUUGUAUACUGGUCUAUAAUAUAACCGAUCGAAAUUCGUUCCCACACAUUAGCGAUUGGCUAGAAGAUGCCCGAUUACUCUCCGGAUCCAGAAUGGUGUUUGCAUUAGUGGGCAAUAAAACGUAAACAUCAAAAAUAAUAUGCAUGUUAAAUACUAGACUUCCGUCGAAUGUUCAUAAAUAACAGUCAGCUGGGCUGGUACGAGGGCAAUUAAAAAAGGUUUUGAUCCUGAAACGAUUGACUGAAAUAGUCAUAAUUGUUACAAGCCAAUAACCGUUUAACUAUAGCAAAGUUCUCGUCACUUUCGAUAAUACGAACUUGAUACGAUUCGGCAGUGACGAUCAUAACUUAAUUUCGUCUAUCUUUAUAGUUCAUAUUAUGCCUGCAAUUCAAGUAUAGUUCUAAUUAUUUUGCCAUUUGGCGAACGGCGUUGUUAGUAUUACACAUUUAUUUGUUUUUAUUUUUAUUAUGACGUGAAUUAUUAUAAAUAUUAAUAAGUAUUAUUAAGUAUUAUAGUAUACCUACCUAUUAAAACAUAUUACGUGGUUAAAUUGUAGGUAUUGAUAUUGAUUUCAUUGUUUGAUUUGAAAAUGUAUGUGUACCGUAUAUUAAUAUUUUACAGCGAUAUAGAAAACAACAGACAAGUAGAAAGAAGCGAAGGUGAACAUUUCUCUCGUCAAAAUGACUUAAUGUUUUUCGAAACGUCCGCUAAAACGGGAAUUAACGUGUCUGAAGUUUUUGAAGAAUUGGCAGAACUCUUAUACAGCAAAGUUUUAAGCGGCGAAAUUGACGUUAACAGACCGGUAUGGAUAUAAUUUUUCUUAAUAAUACUUAAAUAAUAAAUUACUUCUAAGAAAUCUUUAAAUUCAAAUUAUAACAAUUUACUGUAUAUAUCCUUAUUAUAAUUGUAUAAGUUAUUAAGUAAUUAUGAGUUUUGAUUUUGAUAAGCUCUUUGACGAGAAUAUAAUAUAGACUCCGAAGACCUCGAGGCAAACGAGCUACCGUGUUCGGUUUCAAAAUGUAAAGUGUAGUUGACAGUCGAGAUAAAUAACGAAUAGCAGAAUAAAACAAUAUACGUUUUUGCCUGGAUAGUAAUAUAAUUUAACAUUUGAACAUAAUUUAUACAAGUCGUAAUUUUUUAAAUGACAUUUUUUUUUUUUAAGACAUAAUUUUAUUAUUCGUCGUUUAAAAAUAUUAUCGAUUAGGUACCUAUUUAUGUUAUGUUUUUUUUUUUAAACAAUGCCCUUUUAGCGAUUACCCGUGUAAAGAAUUUGAAAAAUAAAUUUAAUCUUGGAUUUGUUCAGUCGUGAUGAGUGGGUGUAAUAUGAAUAUUAUUAUUUUUUCGAAUUGUAUCUGUUUUUAAAUAGCUUUAUAUUCAUAUAGGUAGUAAAUUUUAGAUAUUUCCAAAAUAAUGUAACAACGCAUAACAUAUUUUUAUUUCAGACUCGAAUAGAGAUUGUUUUCUUGAAAGGUUUAAUGCGCAGCAAUAAACUUAAUACCCGACUAAUGAUUAAUUAUUCAUAAUUAAUUGAAGUUUAGAUUGGAGUACCAUCAGUGAAAGGAAAUCGAAAACUAGAUAAGAAAUAUAAUAUCCUUCCACGAUCCCCUGUGCAGUCUAAACUUUAAAUUGUUAUAAUUAAUAUUAACCGUUAUAGUCCCGUGUAUAAGAUUAAUAUGCAUAUCAAAAUUGUCAGAAACAUAUUCUCUGUUUUCAUAUAUUAAUAAUAAUAAUAAUAAUAAUUAAGAUAGCAAAUCUGUAUGAAUUGGUCGUUGAAAACUAAAAGUUAUGAUAAUUUUAACGACAAUGAUAAUAAACGAUUAGAUAGGACACGAUAAGUAUUGCUAGUUCAGGAAAAUAAGAAGAAAACUCAACUCAUUAAAAAAAUAUAACACAAAUCGUCAUAUUAUAACAAAUUGACAUUUCAUUUGUAUCAUAACAUAUUGAAUAAUACUGGCAUGUAAUACCUGCUAUCGUAUUGUUAGCAUACUAUAUUUUUAUUGAAUUGAGAGAGAUGACUGUCAAACUGCAUCCAAUUCCGUUAUUCCGUCUACAUUUUUUUUUUUUUUUUUUUUUAAACUUUAUACCUACUGACAUAAACAGUGGAAUAAUUUACAGUACCCGUAAAUUAUUAUUUAUAACUCUACUAUCUAAUAUGAUAUGCUAGAUAUUAUAAAAAAUUAUAAUUUUACAAAUAUAUAUUUAGAUUUUCAAUAUAACUGUCCAAUAAAGUUAAAAACAUAGUAUUAAUUUGUAUGUGAAAUGCAUAUAAUAAUUUAUUAAUUUCAGAUUUCUGGAGUUAAACUUGGCCGCAAACUCAAUAAAUCGGAAAAAAUCAAAAGAAACGUCAGCAAUUGUUGUACGUCUACAUAAAACAAUAAAUAUAAAAUGAAAAACUAAUGAAUUUAAUUAUUGACACCCACUAAAUAUUUGUUGUUUAUUAUGUUUUGAUUUUAAUUAAAAUUACUAGGAAUAUUAAAAAAUGACCCCCUCAAUGGAUUAAUUUGAUAGCAUUUGAUACCAAAAAUAACGAUUAUACUUGAAUAUUAGGGCAAGAUUUUUGGUGGAAAUGUUGUUCAUGGACUGACAAAAAAAAAAAAGAACACAUCAUGGUAAAACCCACGCAUUACUCGUUAUUCUUAGUAUCUAAAACCCUCACAUAACUCUUUUUAAUAAUAUUUUGAUUUUAAAUAUAAUUGGUUGGUGGCCAAUAAUAUACAGGUGAGUAGUCACCAGUAUAUAAACUAAAUGCCUAAUUAUGUAUUCUAUAAACUUUCCUACUUUCCACGUACACAGUGGUGUACCCAUGGUGUGAAAUAUGUCCGGAUUAUUAUAUUGGUAAUAUUUAUACCUUUAUGAAAAUUCACGUGUGAUAAUAUUUGUAUAAUUUAUGACGAUCCCAAUAAAGUACCUACCUAUAUAUUAUAUUAUUCUCUCGAAAAAAUAUUGACGUCGUGUUCUGAAUAUUAAAAUUUAUUAAUUUAUCGUUAUUCUACCCUGAUUGGAAUUCGCGGUCUAUUCACGGGGGAAAUCCGUGAGAAAGUCAAAGACUCCCCGAAGUUUUCCCCGUACAGACAAAAUUAAAAUUAAAAUAAUAUAAUACCCACGUACAUAAUUCGAUAGAUUAAAACUUUCAUCGUACACCAAGUACGCGAUUGGACCGAAAAAUUAAAAAAAGAAACCUUUAUUUCGUAAAUACCCAUGUCCAUUUCCCGACGUUUUUUCACAGUUAUUUUCAAGUAUUAAGAAAAUUACAAGCUUCUUAUAUAAAAAAAUUAACUCCACUGACUACAAUACACCAACUAGAAAAAAUUCAUUACCACAAACCACAACUGAAGUCCGGAGGUGAGCGACAUUAAUUAAUUUAAUUUUAAUAACGAGAUUUAAACUAAAAAUUUGAAUUAGAAUAUGUUAUAAGAAUCAUAUAGAAAAACAAAAGAUAGAAAUAUUUCUUUAUAGCAACAAUCUAGUUACUUUAAAAUAUAAAACACGUUUUAAUACUCAAAUUGUAUAAUCGCUUUACGUUAUUUUCAUUUUUUUUCUUUUGCCAUUCUUUAAAAAUAACUUAAAUUAUUUUUAUAUUGCUUUUCUGAUGUUAUAUGGAAAUUUUAAUCCGUUUCAAAAUUGUUGUGCCAAAAAUGUCGCAGUACAAAUGGAGGAUCUAUAUUAUUAGUUUUUAAAAUAUUAUAUGAUAAAAAAAUGUACUCAAAUAUACUUUAUAUCCUACAUUCCGAACUUCUCACCUAUAAAAGUCGCCCACCAGCGGUGCGAAUUAUAUCCGUUUGUUUUUUUUAUUAAAAGCCAUAAGAAAAAUCUUUAUUCAGCGUAAUUUGAAGUAAAUUUUAAAACAUAUCGAAUUGAUUUAAAAUUUUAUAGAAAGCUUAUUUUCAAUAGCAUUCAGGACAAAUUUACACGGUUCCGCACAUAGGCGUACGCAGACUUCCUGAUCAGGUGCAGCACCUUUUAUUUUAGGGAACAUUUUCAGUAAAUUUUAAGCAAAUAGGUGCAUUGUAUAUUUUGUUAAUAUAAAAAAUAAAUAGUUAUUUAAUUCAAAAACAAGUAUUUGAUUAGUAGACAAGCAGUGUUGAUGAUCACAAUGACGUGAUAAGUAUUAAUUUUGCGGUUUUUUACGAAAUAUAUAUCGGGAGAUAGAACGUAUUCCGUUCGUCAGGUAUACCUAACAGCAAUAGGACAGUCAUAGUUAUUAAUAGUUAUUAUUUAUUGUGACAAUAUUCUUCGACCGUUUAAUGAUUAUUUGUGUUUAAAGGCCAUAGGGAAAAUCUUUAGUAAAAUCUCCAUUGAACGUAAUCUGAUGGUACAUUUUAAUAUCAGAAAAUAAUAAAAAGAUAAAUAAAAAAAGCGAUUUAAAUAAGUGUACACUUAUCAAUAUCUUUUCAAUCUGCUGUUCGAGGUUUGAUCUACAUCUCUGUUCCAUGUCUACAAUUUCCGAAGAUUAAUAGGACAAAAAUUCAAUUAUUUUGGACUCUGAGCAAAGAGAGGAAUGUAUUGAUUUUAAAUGAUUUAAUUUUUUUUUAUACUGUGUACAAAAUUCCACCUAGAAAUCUUGCUCCAAUCAAAACAUGCCCCGACACAAUUUUUGCUGCAUUUUGUCUUUAUUGUACUUUAUUGUACUUAAGGUAGGUAAUAUUUUGAAAAUCUCGUUAAUAUACGAGAUAAUGAGGAAUUCAAAAAAAAAAAGAUUUAAACAUUUUUAAGAAAACUGGCAAUCGUUUUUAUUAAUUUUUUUUUAUUAUUAAGUUUUUAAUACUUUAUUUUUUAAAUAAUUUUUGUUGUCGUGAAGACGCACAUUGUAUAAAAAGUAAUAAUAUUGAUCAAGCACCGCUCAGAAUUAUUUUUCGAUAUCAAUGAUUAAUCGUUGCGUAAAGACAUAGGUACAUUAAAUUUCCUACUAAAUUGCAUAUGUUACGUUCCCAAAUUCUCACCUACACCAGUGGCCCGUCCUUAGUGUGAAGUAAGUCCGUUUUUUUUUUUUUUUAAUAUGAUGUAGUUUCUUUAUAAUUGAACAUUCCAUGGAACAACCCGUCGUUAUAUUCGUAUUUUUAUUUUAGCUCAACGAGCAAUAGAAACCAUAAAUUGCAAUCAAUUGAAUGGAAAACCUAUAGAAAUCGCGUGGUCGUAGCGUGACCAGGCCAUACAAAAAUGCCAAAACGCGAAUUUGUACGUUAAAGGUUUAAAACCAGACAUUAACGCGAAGUGCCUGUACGAAGCUUUUAUAGCAUUCGGUGAUUUAAUAAGUUGCAAAGUAAGUCAUUGUAUUUAUUAAUAAACUCAAAUAAUAGUAAUAAUGUUAAUUUAAACAUAAUACAAAAUAUUUAUUUAAAAGAUAAAUUGAAUUAAAUUAAAUUAAAUAAAUUUAAUAAUUAAAUUCCUUUAGAGUAUUAAGGUGUGUGAUUUUGUUCAAUGCAUUAUAGUUUUAAUUUAUUUAGGUAGUUCGUGACGAACUGGGCGUAUCAAAAGGAUACGGGUACGUCCAUUUUAGGAAAGAAAAAUAUGCAGAACAAUGCGUUAUAAAAUUAAAUGGAAUGUGCAUUCUGGGAAAGAAGAUAUUCAUCAGUGUAUUCAUGUCAAAAAAGGAUAGAAAAUAUAAUAUAUUGAAUCAAGGAGAAUUUACUAAAUUAUACAUUAAGAAUUUAUCGGGAAAAUUCAACGACAAAGAUUUCUAUAACAUGUUUGAGGUGUAUGGUGAAAUCACUAGUUUAGAAGUUUGUUAUUAUUAAUUUACGUCAACAAUAAUAUUGUUAUUAUUUAAUUCAUAAUUUGUUUGGUAUAACAGUACAUUUAUAAUCUAAAUUUGUAGAUAAUGCGUUAAAGAAAAUGGUUUUUCUAAACGAUUUGGAUUUGUUAUCUUCCGAAAACCCGACGAGGCCAAAAAGGCUGUGGAAGAAUUAAACGGCAAACCGAGUCCAUCCGGAGUAGCUAAUAUAUUUUAACAAAAUUAUUUUCACCUAUUAUUACUUAAUGUUUUAGAUUUACCAUGUGGGGCGCAUCCAACUAAAAACCGAACUUGAAGUAACACUUAUUAAAAAGUUCGGAAACACUAAAAGAGUAGAACCAACGAACGACGUUAAUGUAUAUAUGAAAAAUUUAGAUAGCAUAGUAAUUGACGAACGGUUAAAAAAUGAAUUUGGUGCAUUCGGAUUUGUGACGAGCGCGAAAGUAAUAAAUUAUUUUUAAUUUUUAGCGACAAUGUAACUAUCAAAAUUGUGAAGUAAAUCACUAAAAUUAUUAUACACUAUACGAUGAAAGAGAAUGGGCGAAGCCAAGGCUCCGGCUUCGUACGCUUCGAAUCAGCGGAUCAAGCAAAUAACACAAUUGCGCAAAAAAACGGAAGCGUUAUAA